UGGUGCCGAGCGCAGCCAGACCAACUCAUCAAUUCGGGGGUAUUGUUUUAUCGCUCCAGCCUGCCUCUCGGCCCUUAUCUGUUCUCAGCCUUAUCAAACAGUUAUCUCUUUUGCUGUGAAGACAUAUUGCGUUUUGUUUCCUAUCUGUUAUGUGUGUGUGCACUGCUGUGUGUUCGUGUGUGUGUGUGCGUGUGGGAGGACAGGGAUUUGACACGGAUGGAUCCAGCGCAUUUUGGGAGCGCUUGAUGGGAGUCACUGUGGACUGGAUGUGUUUUACAUAAAGGUAGGCUACUCCCUGACCAUUUUUAUUAACCCCUACGGUGUAUGGAAAGUGCUCCUGGAUGGACCUGGGCGACAACAGCUGGUCCAUGGUCAAGCGAGAAGUUUCCAGCAGCCCAGGGUCGCCGGCUGAGCAGUCCUACCUGCCCGGUGACAGCAGGAGGGACGGUCCCACCUCGGAGGAGCUGAGGACGCCUCCGAGCGAGCUUGACGCGCUGGGGCACCGCCGCUCCGACGGCCGAUCUCUACACUCCUACCUUCACUUCGGACACCAUAACAACACCCUGACCACUACCGAGGACAUCCCGCUCUUUACGGAUUUAGACCAGGGGAGCAAACUCGUCCUCUCCACCGGAGCGCACAAGGCGAGCCUGCUGGUGGACCCGUCCGACAUGUACCAAACACUGGCCAUCGCCGCAGCCCAGAGCCAAACUGGAUAUGAUUCCUCCUCUGGUGGUUAUAUGCACUCCAACCCCAACUCCCCCGUCUACGUCCCCAGCACCCGGGUGGGCCCCAUGAUCCCCAGCCUCUCCUACCUGCCGGCCAGCGGCUCUGCUCAGCCCAGCCACGCGGUCUCCGGUCACUCGGUGUGGUCUCAGUCCACCCCAGAGAGCCCCUCGUACAGCACCGGCAGCCCGCACACCUCCAGUCGUUUCCACUACCCUCCCAGCCCGCCCAUGAAUAACGGGACGCCCAGGGACACCAGCUACAGUAACACGCUGAAUGUGGGCAGCAGGGACCAGUACAGCCUCUCUCGCCCUCUCAGCGGGACCUACGCCAGUCCCUACUCUCCUUACGUUGCACCCCAGCUGCCCUCGCCUUGGCCCGCAGGACCUUUUGAUAACACGAUGCUGCACACCUUGCAAAGCAGAGGUGCGCCCUUGAUUCGAGGACCAAACGGAGUUUCAGAUAUUCUGGACGACAUGGGGGAGAGCAGAGAGUGCGUCAACUGCGGCUCCAUCUCCACGCCGCUGUGGAGGCGCGACGGCACGGGCCACUUUCUCUGCAACGCCUGCGGCCUUUAUAGCAAAAUGAAUGGGCUGAGCCGGCCAUUAAUUAAACCACAGAAACGGACGUCAACGUCCAGAAGAAUCGGCCUUUCCUGCGCCAACUGUCAGACCAGUACGACGACUUUGUGGCGCAGAAACGCGGAGGGAGAGCCGGUGUGCAACGCAUGUGGGCUCUACACGAAAUUACACGGGGUACCUCGACCGCUCGCCAUGAAGAAAGAGGGAAUCCAGACAAGAAAAAGAAAACCGAAAACGUUGAAUAAAACCAAAGGAUCCUCUGGAAAUAACAACUCGGUCUCCAUGACUCCCACAUCCACCUCUUCAUCCAAUUCAGAAGACUGCUCGAAAACCAGCUCACCCUCUGGGCAGGUGUCGGGGGUCAGUUCUUCUGUGCUGUCCAGCUCGGGGGAGGGAACAGGCUCGGCCUCAGCGGUGAAGUACCCGGGACAGGAUAACCUGUACACCAGCGUGGGCUUGACCCAGUCAUCAGAUGUAGCUUCAGUGAGGGGUGAACCCUGGUGCCCCAUGGCCUUAGCCUGAACACCUAAAUCUCCCAGGCGGACAGAAAUCGCUGGCCCCUUCUGUCUGGAUGCUGUGUAGUGUGGAAGUAUUCGGGGGCAGUUUUUGCUUUCUCCCCUCUUUGCUGACGCAAGAAGAGUCGGACAGGAGGGAGAAAGGAGGGUGAGGCGGCCUUCAGUCACAGUACGAGCUUCAACCGAGCAUGGAAUAUCUGAGAUUGGGUUCCAGACUGGUGUGGGGAUCUUGUUGCCUUUAAAAAACACCAACAACAAAGGGAAACGCCAGGCCAGAUGAUCAAUUAGGUGGCCUUCUGUGGAUGGUUUCUGGAUCUGCCGUGCACUCAGUAUCUCCAGAACCAGAUCUGGGUUCUUUAAAGAAAGCCAUCGUGUACAUAACGGAUUUCCUGUUUGAAGAAAAAGCUGUUGAUUGGAUUUCAGUGCUGAACAAAGCGCUAUACUCUUUAAGGACAUUUAGAUUGUUUUUCUUUUCCCACAACUGGAAUCAUGCCAUAAGUGCCAAGACAACUUUUAUGAAUCAAAAGAAAAAUAUUUAUAAAUCUUCCAUUGUUGAAAACGUGGCUAUGAUUGUUAAUAAAGAUAUCAAUAUAGACUAGAAGUUAAACCAUUCUGAUGUCUUCUUUUCUAGUGUUUUCUCUUUGUAAGUGGCUGUUAGUAGUACAGUAGUGUUGAAUGCACGUUUUCCACUGAAAGCUCUUACUGUAUUUGACUGAAACUAGUUUGGUUUAAACAGGGUAUAAAUGACUAUGUCAUAUAUGUUUCUUUCAUUUAAUCAUUUCCUAAAAAAAUUGCAAAUAAACUCCUUGAGACUAAUUUUUGAUAUUAAGAUAUUGUCAGCUGUUUGGUAGCCUCACGGUACUAAUUCCACAGCGGAGCUACAAACUCUUUUACAUGUAAAGCAGUGGCUUGUUUGAACAAAGCACAGCCAGAGCAGCUCGAUCUUUAUGUUCUAACACAUACGUUGCAAUCAAAGACUGUUGGCUGCACUCUGACUCACUAUAAACAGUGUAUCUGUCACAAUGCUAACGUGUACCGUUGCAUCAUUUUUAAACACCAAAAUUAGACCAAAGUGAAGAGUGACGUCACUUCUGAACAAAUUCACGCUACUCUGAUGACUGUGAUUAAUUGCUGUAAUGAUUAAAAAGGAGGUCAAUUAUAUUGCAAUGCAACAUCUCAUCAUGCUCUUUGUAAUAAAUGUACACAUUCACAGCUGAAUUGGGGGCAUGUCAAAUCACAUUGUUUGUCUCCGUGGCCUCAGCAGUGGUGUGGGAGUUUCAAAAAGUCCUUUCAGGCCAAAAAUCACCCCCAAGGAGACUAAAACCUGAAGGAAGUCUGAUGAGUUACAUGUAAAUCUUGGCACAAAGAGGGUUUUUAUGUAUUUUUUUUUCACAACUUGCUUCAUCCAAAAAGAGCAUGUCAUUCACUCUUCUGGACUUAUUUAUUUUUUUGAAAUAUCAUGUUUUUUCUUUUUUUUGUCAUGCUUUAUGUCUUUUUCUGGAACUUUAUGAGAAAUAAUUUUAUUUAAAUUCAGUCCAAGAAAUUGUUGGUGAUGCAAAUAAAUUUACAGUUUGUUUUAAAAGAGGAGCUGUGUUUUAAAGAAAGUUAUGGAAAGAGCUAUGUUCUUGCAUAAUAUUAGCAUUACUCAGGCAUAGUUUUGUAUGAGUCAUUCAUAUCUCUGCUAUAACUCCCCUUUUCUCCUCGGCUGAACGAAAGCCGAAAAGCUUUAUUUUCCCAGAUUUCUUCAUGACUGGGAGGAAAGAAAAAGGGACCAGCUAACGCAAGGCAAAGAGUUCAUGUGGGGGAAAAAAAGAAUAUAUGUGCUUCACUUUGAGAGAUUCAGAUGUCUCACCUAAAUGUUUCCAAAGUUGAGAAAUAUUUGCAGCUUUUCUGGGUGGCUUGCUACCAUGCUGUGCUUAUGUUUUAUUAAAGCAAGUCUUCAUUGUUCAUGACAA